AUGAAUGUAUCUACAUCAACAUUCCAAACAAGGCGGAGAAGAUUGAAGAAAGUGGAGGAGGAAGAAAACGCUGCCACUUUGCAAUUAGGCCAAGAAUUUCAAUUGAAACAGAUAAACCACCAGGGUGAAGAAGAAGAACUGAUUGCCUUGAAUCUGAGUGAAGCCAGAUUAGUAAUCAAAGAAGCUCUAAUAGAACGUAGGAGAGCAUUUAAGAGAUCACAAAAGAAACAUAAGAAGAAGCACCUGAAGCAUGAAAGCGCCAAUGAUGAAACUACAGCUGUAGAGGAUGAUGAUGAGGAUCUGGAUGAAGAUGACGUUGAUGCCGACGAUGAUGAUUUCAUGCAUUCUGAAACUAGAGAAAAGGAAUUGGAGUCUAUCGAUGUUCUAUUAGAACAAACCACGGGAGGAAAUAAUAAGGAUUUGAAAAAUACGAUGCAGUACUUGACAAAUUUCUCUCGAUUUAGAGACCAGGAAACCGUUGGAGCAGUUAUACAACUUCUGAAAAGUACUGGAUUACAUCCGUUUGAAGUGGCACAACUGGGUUCUUUGGCCUGUGACACGGCUGAUGAAGCGAAGACUUUGAUUCCGAGUUUAAACAAUAAGAUAUCCGAUGACGAGUUGGAGAGGAUAUUGAAGGAGUUAUCAAAUUUAGAAACUCUUUAUUAA